GCGGCGGUGGCCAUGGCAGCGUCGCAAAAGGUACCCCUCCCCGCAUGGCCGCGUCGACGACGACGAGUGCCCCGGCCACGAGGGCGCGCCUCGCUUUCUUCCGGUAACUUCCCCGCCGUUAUAAAUAGCGCCGAGCUCUCACUCCCACAGUCCCACAUGUUAAACUGCUACACCCACACGCCUCCCCAGUCAAACAGCUCAGCUCGGCUAGCUAACUCCUCUUAUCUACACCGUCCACGACGCGCGCCCCGAUCCCUGCUUCCCUUCCCCCCUUCUUCCUUCUCCCGCCCGAUCGGUUUCACCAUUCACCCUCCGCCGCAGUGAGUACGAUUGCGUCGUGCUCCUCCGAGUUACGCGGAUUGUACUGGUGGAGAGACAGAGGCGAAGGAGGUGGGAUUAAUUGCAAUUGGGGAGGCGGGGUGGGUGAUGUACGGCUCGCCGGUGCCCAAGGACCUCAACCUGCCAGCAGCCCAGCCGCAGCCGACCAGGACGCCGCCACCGCCGCAGAUGAGCUCCCCGGGCCUGCUGCGGUACAGGUCGGCGCCGAGCACGCUGCUCGGCGAGGUGAUGUGCGGGGAUCAGGAGUUCCCCGGCGCGGCAGGGCACGGCCCGGACCACGCGGCCGCGGACAGCGUCCUCGCCCGCUUUCUUGCCGGGCACCACCCCGAGAUCCCGGACUGCAAGCCUCCCCGCCCCGUCGCGGCCGCCCACUUCAUGGAGGACGCCGCGUCCAUGGCCGCCUCCCAGCAGCAGCAGCAGCUCAUGUACCAGUCGCAGCAGCAGAUGGCCGCUAUGGAGGGGCUCUAUCGCAGCGUCAGCUCCGGCUGCACGGAGCCCGGCGCCACCGUGGGCGCCGGCAACAGCCUGCUCCGCCAGAGCAGCUCCCCCGCCGGCUUCCUGAACCAUCUCAACAUGGACAACGGGUACGGGAACAUGCUCCGGGCGGGCAUGGCCGGCGCCGGCGGGUUCAGGAACGGCGUCAGCGACGCGCGGCUCAAGGGGCAGCUGAGCUUCUCGUCCCGGCAGGGGUCGGUGAUGUCGCAGAUCUCCGAGGUGGGCAGCGAGGAGCUCGACGGCGGCAGCAGCCCCGAGGCUGCCGGCAGCAACGGCGCGCCGCGCAGCUACAGCGGCAUCCCAGGCGGGUACCCGAUGGGCGCCUGGCCGGACGAGUCGUCUCCGACGUCGUCCGGCGCCAAGCGCCCCCGCGACUCCGGCGGCCCCGCGCCGCAGAACGGGCAGCGGCAGCCGCUGGCGCCGCAGCUCAGCGUGCCCGGCGGCAGCAACGGCACCGGGAAGCCGGCGUCGGCGGAGAUGGCGGCGAUCGAGAAGUUCCUGCAGUUCCAGGACGCCGUCCCCUGCAAGAUCCGCGCCAAGCGCGGGUGCGCCACCCACCCCCGCAGCAUCGCCGAGAGGGUGAGGAGGACGAAGAUCAGCGAGCGGAUACGGAAGCUGCAGGAGCUCGUGCCCAACAUGGAAAAGGUAACCAAACCGAACCCAAAGUCCCAAACCCCGAGAAAGAUCGAUGGAACAGUGAACGUGACUUUUUGCCUACAAACAACAGUGCUAGAUGAAUUGACGACCAGUUAUUAUGCAUUUGGUUCUUUGUUCAUGAUGAAUGCAGCAAACCAACACUGCCGACAUGUUGGAUCUGGCCGUGGACUACAUCAAGGAUCUUCAGAAGCAGGUCAAGGUGCUGAACGACGGCCGCAUCAGCUGCACCUGCUCCGCCGGCAAGCUGCUGCAGAACCAGUUCGCCAGCUGAAAAGAGACACCGGCCUUUCAGGAUUCAGCGUGAGAUGCAGCGGCCGCAAAGGCCUGGCCGGAGGAGAAGCCUCUGCACCGGCAGCUCGCUCAUCCUCUUCCUUUCGGUCCUACAGGUGUAGACUGUACUUGUCAGCAUAUAUGAAGAGGUGAAGCCGUAAAAAAUUGACAAGGGAAGUGAGAUUAGUGUGUACAUGCAAGGUCAUUAACAGGCAGGGCCCCCACAUGUUAGAGAUAGUAGCUGCAGGCCCAUCAGUUAGUUGGUUCUUGCUAUAAAGGUGGUGAAAUGGGAAAUGUACAGGCGCUUGUCUCGUCUU